CCCCUUCCUCAACUGCAUCAACUAAAUCAAAAGUUCAAAUCAGAGGAGCUAGAAAAUUUUAAAAGGCUCUUUUGCACAGAGAGAGAUAAGAGACAAAAGGGAGAGCUAAAAGGGAAAGUGGCUGGUCAUAUUUAUAGGCGCACUCGGGUUCAUAUCUUGAUAAUUCUCUCUUACAUGUUGUUUAUAGGAGUUUGAGAGAACAAACCUCCAUGUUUUUUGUUUUGGUUAUUUAAUUUUAGACUGCUUUCACACCUGUGAUCGGAUCUCCCUUACAAGAUUUUCUCCUAUAAAACGAACCAAAGGUUACUGGUGUUCUAUCUUCAGGGGAGAGAGAGAGAGAGAUCAGAGAUGGCAGCCGCUCCCCAAGCUACAGUACUAAACCAGCAGCCCUUGUUUGAAGAUCAAGAGAUGCCUACACAAAUGGGUUUCUUCUCUUUUCCUUCACACUUGACCUAUCCUCAACUGGGUAGUUGCCACCAAUCUUCCAAAGGCUUCAUAAUACCUCCUUCACUUGCAGCUGAUGCACCUUCAACCACUAAUAUCGCUGAAACCCUACUACUCUCGUCUGCCACUCACAGGCAAAGAGAGGGCACUAUUGCUUCUGAUUUGGGAGGACCCCAUCUUCUUUCCUUGCAAAGAUCUCGUGCAAAUCUCUGGGCAUGGGGAGAGGUAAAUGAGUGCUUGAGCAGAAAAAGGAGUGGUUCUGGAGAAGAUCAUCUAGGGUUGUCAUCAAUAAAGAUGAAGAAGAUUAAAGCAAGGAGGAAAGUGAGGGAGCCCAGGUUCUGUUUCAAGACCAUGAGUGAUGUAGAUGUGCUGGAUGAUGGUUACAAAUGGAGGAAGUACGGCCAGAAAGUGGUAAAGAACACACAGCAUCCCAGGAGCUACUACCGUUGUACGCAAGAUAAUUGUCGUGUAAAGAAACGCGUGGAGAGAUUAGCUGAGGAUCCACGGAUGGUUAUCACAACCUACGAAGGCAGACAUGCUCAUUCCCCGUCUCUAGAUCUGGAAGAGUCACAAGCUCCUUCUCAGCUUAAUAAUUUCUUCUUUUAGCAUGUUAAAAGAAGUCAUCUUAAUCUAGCCUCUGCAAAUGGUGUGCAUGGGGUUUUCUUCCAUGGUGCAAGGACAUGGAAAAAACAAGAGAGCGAUGUGGGCGCCGGCCGUGUUUGUCAGGCCGCCUGCUACCUUUGCCUAAUUAAUAAAUAAAAGCUUACAGUUUAUGUUUUAGGGUUUUUUUUCCGAGUUGGUAGUCUACCGGGUCUUGGGUCGGGUCAAAAAGAAGAAUCAAGUGUGAAUACCUAUGAUUAGUCGUCUUUCUAGAUCUCUCUAGUAAGAUUGUUGAGUGCUUUCAAGCCAUUUUCAUGUGCAACUUCCUAUGUUCGUCCGCUUGAAAAAUGAAGACGCAUCUGAGUUCCUCCCCUUUA